CCUGUAUGGAAGCCCGUGCGAGGCUGUCCCGGAGACCCCGCGCUGCCUGCACCUCUCGUCUUGGUUGACAUGGACGAUGAAGAUGGCAGGUGCCUGCUAGAUGUCAUUUGUGACCCAGAAGCGCUAAACGAUUUUCUUCAUGGAUUAGACACCCAUCUGGACAAUGACGACCUAUUGGAUGGCUCGAGCGAUCCCUCCAGCUCUUUCUUCUCUGGUGCUGGGUGCCACAUUCCAGAGGUCCUGCCCCCAGUCCAGCUGCCGUCCAAUGAGCAGCCAGUCUUGCCCCGGGUCAGUGUGGACCUGGACUUCCUGGAAGAUGAUGUCAUCCUGGGCGGGUCGCCGGGCGGUAGCGGUAGCAACACCAUGGAGCCAUGUGACAUCCUGCAGCAGAGCCUGGCGGAGGCUAACAUUACAGAGCAGAGCCUGCAGGAGGCUGAGGCAGAGCUGGACCUGGGCUCCUUCGACCUCACCAUGCCAGGCCUGACUCAGGUGGUCCAGACCCUGCCCUGUACAGACAGCCUGACUGGGCCUGGAGGGACCGCUGUGGGGGUGGGGCUCCCCAUCUUCCAUGGAGCUCCAGACUCCUCUGCCACCCCUCCCCAGGCCACAGCUGACAUGCUGGGCUCGGUGCUGGCCCAACAGGGCCUGGAGUUUGGGCCCCAGGUCAUGAACAAGGCCCAGACCAUCAGUAUGCAGCCGUUCAUGCAGCAGGUGGCAGGCCUGGGUAACGUCACCCUUCAGCCAAUCACCUCCCUCCAGGCUCUACCAAACGGCUGUCAGUCAGGACACCUGGGACUGGGACAGAUACAGGUGAUGGGCCAGCCCACUGUGAUGACUAUGAACCAAUCAGGACAGCCCAUCCUGGCCAAGGGUAUGGGAGGAUACCAGCUGCACCAGCCUGGCCCCGAGGCACAGGGGGCAGGUGGGCAGGGCGGACUGGGAGGGGGACUUCUGAUCCAAGGGGGCAAAGCUACUCUGGGAUCUCCAGUUUUAAACGGCCCGGCGUUGUGCACUAACAGUAACAGUAGCACCAUCGCUGCUGCUGGAAGCAUGGGUCAACAGAACCAUCCCCAAGGACAGGUCAUGCAGAACCUGAUCAUCCAGCGAACCCCGACCCCCAUCCAGCCCAAACCCCCUCAGGGGGGCGCAGCCAUCCAGCCCAAACUGUUCAAACAGCAGCAGACCCACACCCUCCAGAACGAUGGCAACAAGGCUCUUGGAGGUCAGGUCCCUGUCUCCGCUGCCCAGAAUGUAGCCUUCCUGACAGGCAAGCCUGGCUCUAACGUGGUCCUGACCUCUCAGGCAGGGGUUUCCCAGCAGGCACUGUUCAAACAGCAGACAGCUCACCACCCCUCUGGGAAAGCGCUCAGUGUCCAUCUGCUCAACCAGCCCGGCAGCAUCAUGCUGGGGGGGCAGAACCACCAGUUCCUCUUGCCGCAGCAGCUAGCCGGGGGUCAGAUCCUCACGCAGCACCCUGGGGGCCACAUCAUCACCUCCCGGGGGCCUGGGGGCCAGCUGAUAGCCAACCAGAUCCUGGCUCAGCACCAGAACAUCAACCUGGGCCAGGUGCUGACAUCUCAGGGCCACCCUCUGCUCCAGGGCCACAUCCAGCUGCAGCCGGGCCAGAUGGGGGUGGGACAUCAGCUCUUCCAGAUGCCUGUCACCCUCUCCCAGAGCCAGAGCCACCCAGUCACGGGCCACCAGGCCCACACAGUGAUGCAGGGCAUGCCCUUGCACAACUCCCUGACCAUGCUGAGCCAGGUAGAAGGGUUGAGUCCUGCUGUCAGCCUGCAGCCCGCUCUGCAGCCACAGCCAGGGGGCGUUCCCAGCAGCGGGGUGGGUGGGGCUGCUGCCAUUGCACAGGGCCAGCCUGGGGGGAGUGUGCCGAUGCUGGGGAGUUCUACAGACCAAGCAGCCCACCCUGGACAAGCCCCUCAGCCCUCCUCCAUCCUCUCUAUGCAAGCUGGGCCCUCUGUCUCCAUGGCCAUGUCUGUCCCCUCCUCCUCUCCGGCCUUAUCUGUGUCCACCACACUGGUCCCACACCUAGCCCAGCAGCACAGCCCUGGGAGCAGGGUGCUCUUCACAGGCCACCAGGGCUCCAGCAUGAUCCUCAGCCAGGAACAACUCCAGAUGUUCCUCCAGCAGGACCAGCGACAGACAGAGAAUGACCCCGUCCCCACUAUGUCAGUGGGCGUGCCAGCGUCCGUUAUCGUCAGCAGCAACAGCAGCUUUGGCCAAGCCUCCUCGGGCCAUGACAGCCAAUUAGCUGAGACAGCAGUGGUAAACCAGAUGCCCCAGGCGGGUGGCCAGCAGCAGCAACUGAAGCUCCAGAGCCUGUCCCCCUCCCAGCCCCUGGCCUCCCACACUGCCCUCCCUCUGUCGGACAGCCCCCAGCCCUCCCCUCUCCCCAUGCAUUCCCCCCAGUCCUGGCCACCUUCUCAACCCCAGACCCCCGCCCGAUCCUGUACCCCCUCCUCUCUUCCCCCAAUGUUCAUUAUCCAGAACCAGAUACCAGGCCCCUCCCAGCCUGCACUACUACAACAGCAGCAGCAACAACAGAUACACCUUCAGCCCCGGCCCCCCUCCCAGCCUGCCCCACAACAACAACAGAUACACCUUCAGCCCCGGCCCCCCUCCCAGCCUGCUCUCUACCAAUCGGAUGUCCCCCCUCCCUCUCGCUCCCCCAAACCCCCCCACAUCCUCCAGGCCCCUCUGGCAGGGCUCCAGUUCACUGCUAGCCAGGUGGGGGACCCCGGGGGUGAGGUGUUGAAGACCCAGGUCUUAACAGCAGAGCGGCAGCACCGUCUGCAGCUGAUUGGUGCUCAGCCCUCUCCACAACAGAAACACCAGAUCCAACAGAACAUUCUACUACAGGCCAAACGGCAGCAGCAAAGCCAGCCCCAAUCCCAACAACAUGGUGGUCAACAACAAGACGUGCCUGCUCCUCAGUCGUCUGUGCUGGUCAAGACUCCUGCCACAGCAUCCAAUGACGUGUUGUCAGGAGCUCAGGUGACACAGGGGGGCGUGGCUCAAGCUAACCUUAACCAGUCAGCACACCAGCCUGGUCAACAGUCAGUACACCAGGCUGUGCAGGUGGGGGGGUUGGAGUCAGGUCUGGGUCAGAUGACCUCUACACAGCAGACUUUCAGCCCUGGUCUGGCCUCUCUACAAACACAGACUGCUGCUAUGAAGAUGCCUUUCAGUAUGGCUAAACCCAGCAAGGAAGCCAGGAUGUUGGAGCAGCUGAGGAAGCAGCAGGGCUCAGUCCUCCACCCAGACUACAGCUCUUCCUUCCAGUGCUUUGAAGACACCCUGACCCGGCUGGUGCCUUACCACCUCUACCAGGGCACUGCCACCACACCACACGACUACCACAGAGGUACACACACCCUGACCCGGCUGGUGCCUUACCACCUCUACCAGGGCACUGCCACCACACCACACGACUACCACAGAGGUACACACACCCUGACCCGCCUGGUGCCUUACCACCUCUACCAGGGCACUGCCACCACACCACACGACUACCACAGAGGUACACACACCCUGACCCGGCUGGUGCCUUACCACCUCUACCAGGGCACUGCCACCACACCACACGACUACCACAGAGGUACACACACCCUGACCCGGCUGGUGCCUUACCACCUCUACCAGGGCACUGCCACCACACCACACGACUACCACAGAGGUACACACACCCUGACCCGGCUGGUGCCUUACCACCUCUACCAGGGCACUGCCACCACACCACACGACUACCACAGAGUGGAUGAUGAGUUUGAGAGGGUUUCCAGCCAGCUCCUGAAGAGAACGCAGGCUAUGCUGGAUAAAUACAGACACCUGCUUUUUGAGGAAUCAACGCGCCUUGGCCCGUCAGCUGAGAUGGUAAUGAUGGACAGGAUGUUUAUUCAAGAAGAGAAGAUCUCUCUGGGACAGGACCGCAUCCUCGCCAGAGACAGACCUGAGGAGUAUGUGGCCAACUCAAGGAUGAUGGAGAUUGAGAGUGGAGCUGCCAACAUGGCCCAGUCCAAGCCUCAGCUCCAGUCCCAGCCCCAGCCUCAGCCCCAUCCUGAGCCUCAGCUCCGGUCCCAGCUCCAUCCUCAGCCCCUGUCCCAGCCUCGUCCUCAGCCCCUGUCCCAGCCCCAUCCUCAGCCCCGGUCCCAGCCCCAUCCUCAGCCCCUGUCCCAGCCUCGUCCUCAGCCCCUGUCCCAGCCCCAUCCUCAGCCCCGGUCCCAGCCCCAUCCUGAGCCUCAGCCCCGGUCCCAGCCCCAUCCUGAGCCUCAGCCCCUGUCCCAGCCCCAUCCCCAGCUCCAGUCGGAGCCCCAUCCUGAGCCCCUGUCCCAGCCCCGUCCUCAGCCUCAGCCCAAGUGGUUUGAGCCCAGCACCGUAAGGAGUGGUGUUGCCCCUGCUCCAGCCCCAACACCGAUUCCGGCCCACUUCCCCUCCACCAAGCUGGUGAUAAAGCAGGGAGGAGCAGGGGCGUCUGUCUCCUGGUCCAGCUCCCCAGCUCCUGUGGCCAGGUCGGGGUCAGGGGUCAGACAGACAGCCGACACCCAGAGUCACAGCUCAUCCUUCAGCCGCGCUCCUCCACCUCCCUCCCGUCACUCACCCCACCACCCUUUCUCCUCCUCUCGUCCAGCUGAGGAUGGUGAUACUCUCCCCCGGAGGACCAGUAAACCCCCCAUGAAGACGUACGCCGCCCGCCCACGCAUCGGCUUGAAGCUCAAGAUCAAGCAGGAGGCGGGGUUUAGUAAGGUGGUGCAUAACACCGCCCUCGACCCGGUCCACACACCAUCCACACCCCACCCUAAGCCACAGCCACACCCUACCACCCAGCUCCACCCGGCGCCUACACUUCCUAGCACCCAGCUCCACCCGGCGCCUACACUCCCUACCACCCGGCCCCAACCGGCGCCGGCACUCCAUAAAGCCCAAACAGCAGCACUAGCCACGCCACCUUCUAUAACUGUCAUUAGGACUCCUCCCACUAGCUGUAACACAGCCUCCUCAGCAACGGUCUUCAUAGCAACCACAAAGGCGACCCCCAGCCCACAGAUAGUCACAGCGCCCGCAUCCUCCUUCACGGCUCAGAUGAACGGAGCGUUAGAACAUCACAAUGUGGGUGGAGUCAAGCGUAACCCCGCCUCCACGGCCACUUCCCCUCAGACCACCUGCCGCCUGCCUCUACGGAAGACUUACCGGGAGAACAUCAGCCCCCGCGUCCGACCGGGCGUACCGGGGGGAGGAGGAGACAGUGUCCCGUACCCCCGUCCCUCCCCCUCGCCCCCCAAUUCUCCCCCCCCACCCUCCUCACCCUCUCCCUCAGAGGGGACAGUGAUCGCCAGCUUGAAGCUGGAGAAGAGAGGAGGCAGCCCCAGGGAGGGGGGCUCCCACACAGAGCUCAGCCGGGAGGCCCUGAGGCUGGGGAACUCCUCCCCCUCCUCUCCUGGCCUAGUGCAGGGCAUCACAAACACCCAGCAGCAUCUCUCAGACAGAGAGGAGGAGGAGAGGGGGAGAGAAGGGGAUCAUUGGAACAGAGGGGCGGACAUGGGGAGGUAUAAGAGGGUGAGCAGUAAAAACCACCAGAGGUCAGGUGGCGGCGGGGGGGGUGAUACGUUCAGAAUGGACCAGCAUGCCCCUGGGCCCCCUUCCUCGCCGCCAGACACUUUUUGUUACAGAGACUCAUCACUUCCUGCAAAGCGCUGUAAGUCAGACUCUCCUGUCAUGGACAACGCCUCCUUCUCCUCCGGUUCCCCGCCACACGAUGAGUCUCUUAACGAGCACCUGCAGUGUGCCAUCGACACCAUCCUCAACUUGCAGGGCCAGGCCCAGGGUCCCACGCCGCGCGGGGCCAAAGGGGGCUCCGGCAGGCCACACCACCACCACAGCCAGCGACCCGCGGCCCCCCAGCCCUCCUCACACACAUACAGACCCUCAGUCUCCUCUUCAUCUUCGUCCUCUCUGGCCCAUCACUCUCAGGUUGGAGGCAGAGGACUCGUGCCACAGACUCACAGCAGAUAACACACACAACAGUUGGGACUGAAGAGAGAGGAUUAACUCUCUCACUGCUCUGACAAGCUCGGUUGGCCUUGUUUGUCCAUCUGAAUGUUGUUUACUUUACAAUGCUCACAGUCACUGGAUGGAUGGUGAUGACUUUCUCUGUAAAAAGGUAUGCUUUACUCUGUGGCAGUACCCUCUGCUCUCUCAACUACGCUCAAUCAUCAAUUUGAUUAAUUUGUCUCCAGUUUUUUUGUAUUAUUGAAGGUUUUCCUUUUUCAUUCCCGCUGUAUUCCAUUCUUUAGUCAUCAUGUUAUAGCUGCUGCCCGCCUGUCUGUAUAACCAAUAAGACCUGGGUCGUGUUCAGUAGGUAUAAAACAGGAGAAAACUACAGGAACUUGUCCAAUAAUAAGAGAUUUGUUUUUCUGUGACUAAAUGUUUUGCUACGGUUUGCUCUACUGAACAUAAUCAAGGCAAGACUGCAUAGAGCUCCCUAAAGCCUCUCUUCAGUAGGUAAACCACAGAGGAGAGGCUUGUGUUAGCUAUCUCAUCAUCAUUACAGCUCUACGUCUCUUUUUCCAUAUUCUGACUUCUAUCAUCACCACAAAUACACCUUCUGGUCCCAGCUGUUCAGUUCUUCUCAGCUAGAUGGUUAGGUUGUGUUUCUUUCAAAUACAUGUUGUAGUAUGGUUAAAUGUUGAGGUGGUUGACUGACUGGUGGCUGACUUUCUGGUUGACUGUUGAGGCUGCCGCUCUCUUACUGUAAUGACGAUGAGCUGUCAAUGAAACAUGUACGUAUGAAAUCACCUUUACAUGUUAAAACAUGUCCUCUGGUUGUCCUGACCAUGGCUGACGUUCAGUAGGCUAGGAUGCAUUUCAGUUAACAUGGCCACAUUUAUCAAAUCUCUUAUUCUCUCCUUCGCCCCUCUCACUGUUCAUCCCACCAUCCUUAUCUUCAAAGCCUGUUGGACAAUUCAAACCCAAGAGCAACAGCAACAUGGACAAACCAACAAUAAUGUACAAAAAAAAGAGAAUUUGAAGUAUAGUAUUAGAUUAAUUUUGUAUUGUAUUUAUUGUGUAUAAUGACACUUUUAAAUAAAUAAAUAAAACUGUAAAUUAAAUCUUUA